AUGAAACUCGAGUUUCUUUGCGUCCUCUUCAAAAUAAUUGCCCUCGAAAACAUGUUCCACAUGGCUCAAGACAUGGUAACUGUAUGUACCAAGUGCAGCGAAAGGGGGAAUACUUUAUCCAACCGAAGCGACCUCUUGGUGCAGACAACUAGGUACGAUAAUUUGCAUUAUUGGGGAUCCUCAAGCGUUCUGUUCGGAAAAAAAAAUGACCAGUCGCUUUUACAAUUGCGCAUACGAAAUCGAAUACUAAGAAAUGAUGAGGACGAAGAGGAAAGUGGGGGAGAUGAUGGGGACGAUGAGAAGGGGGAGGAGGAAAGCGGACAGGAAAACGACAACGAAGAUGAUGAUUCGUCCACGGAUUCAAAUUCUUCCGGAUCGAACGACGCCCAGAAUGGUUAUUCUCAAAACAACAAGGGAACCAAUAAAAAAAAAAAAAAUUCAAACCAUCAUUAUUUACGAGACCUAAAUGUGCACAACCGCAAUGGUAAUAACAACGGAUCGGACCAAAACCCAGAAGACAGUGGUAAAGGGCACAAGCAUCACAGAGCGAAGAAGCAUAAGCAUGAUAAACAAAAUGCGCAAGGUGGAAUGUCUAACGGUGCCAGCAGCGCCAAUGUGAACAACAACGUGAAUCCGAAUACCAACAUUAAUGCGAAUAACAACGUGAAUGCGAAUAACAACGUGAAUGCGAAUAACAACGUGAAUGCGAAUACCAACGUGAAUGCGAAUACCAACGUGAAUCCGAAUACCAACGUGAAUCCGAAUACCAACGUGAAUGGGGGAACUAACAUGAACGUGAAUAAUGUGGGCGGAAAUAACGUGAAUGGGGGGAAUAACGUAAAUGGGGGAAACAACACGAACGUGAAUGAUAUGGGAGGAAAUAACGUAAAUGGGGAAAACAACAUGAACGGGAAUAAUAUGGGAGCCAAUAACAUGAACGGGGUUAACAACCCUAAUGGAAACAUCCCCAAUGGCAGCAGCAACUUGAGUACAACGGCGGCUGCCGCACUUGCAGCCGCCUCCGCCCCCGUAGCUGCGGAUGAUGGGGACGAUGAGAAGGGGGAGGAGGAAAGCGGACAGGAAAACGACAACGAAGAUGAUGAUUCGUCCACGGAUUCAAAUUCUUCCGGAUCGAACGACGCCCAGAAUGGUUAUUCUCAAAACAACAAGGGAACCAAAAAAAAAAAAAAUUCAAACCAUCAUUAUUUACGAGACCUAAAUGUGCACAACCGCAAUGGUAAUAACAACGGAUCGGACCAAAACCCAGAAGACAGUGGUAAAGGGCACAAGCAUCACAGAGCGAAGAAGCAUAAGCAUGAUAAACAAAAUGCGCAAGGUGGAAUGUCUAACGGUGCCAGCAGCGCCAAUGUGAACAACAACGUGAAUCCGAAUACCAACAUUAAUGCGAAUAACAACGUGAAUGCGAAUAACAACGUGAAUGCGAAUAACAACGUGAAUGCGAAUACCAACGUGAAUGCGAAUACCAACGUGAAUCCGAAUACCAACGUGAAUCCGAAUACCAACGUGAAUGGGGGAACUAACAUGAACGUGAAUAAUGUGGGCGGAAAUAACGUGAAUGGGGGGAAUAACGUAAAUGGGGGAAACAACACGAACGUGAAUGAUAUGGGAGGAAAUAACGUAAAUGGGGAAAACAACAUGAACGGGAAUAAUAUGGGAGCCAAUAACAUGAACGGGGUUAACAACCCUAAUGGAAACAUCCCCAAUGGCAGCAGCAACUUGAGUACAACGGCGGCUGCCGCACUUGCAGCCGCCUCCGCCCCCGUAGCUGCGGGUAAUGGCAAUGGGAAUGCUAAUAGCACAAAUGCACCCAAUACAAACACAAACGAGUAUAACGGAGUCGCAUCGGAAAUGGCCACGUCUAUCCCCCCCGAAGAUGUAAACGCUGUACAGGCCUUUUCAAAACUAAUGGAAAAUAACGAUAAAUCUAACACCAACGAAAUUAUAUGCAGUUCGAUCAACUGUGUUCCCCCAACGAACGACGCCAACGGGAAGGUACCACUGACCGACUGCACAAAUGUAACGUAUUGUGGCGGAUGUCCCAUUUUGCAAACGUCAAGAGACCAGUGUAACAGCAUGAAAAGUUUCAACCCAGAAAAUAUUCUUGUAUCAUCGGGUUUCGUCGACUCUGCAAAUCUGACUAGCCAAAAUAGCCCUGUAGGUAUGCAGUUUUUGUGGGACAAGGCAUUGUUCGACUUCUCCAAGUGUGUCCCUGAUGUGAAUAAAUUCGUGCAAGCAUCCAAGGGAUUGCCCAAUGCAGAUAAAAUUGAGGCGCACAAGCACCUAUUCAGGCUGGCCAACUUGUAUAUAUACGGAACGAAGAUCGCAGAGGAUAACAACCCGAACGGGUUGAACGUAUCCGUUAGGAUAAACAACGUCAACUCUGAUUUUUUAAAACCAAAUGAGCAAUUGCCGAAUGGGAACAAUUCCCUUCCCACGUGCCCUUUGAAUGUAGCUAAUUUCAAAACACUUGGCAUUCACCAGACGCAGUCCUUCGCCUUUUACCAGCGCCUAUUUGUCCCAGAAAGCAAUAACCUGCUGGAUAGCCGAAACUUGAGUGUCGAUAUAACCAACGAACAAGGGAAUCACGUGGGGAACUACUUUUUUUAUGCCAAAAUUGAAUGCCCCCGGAUGGACCCAACUAUAGAAAACUGGCUAAAGCUUCAUGAGGCGCAACAAACAAAUGUGUUACUGAACCUGCACAACAACAAUAAAGUAACGGACAAUCCCCCACACGGCGCACAAAACGGCAACGGCACACAGGCGAACACCCCUGGGAAUGUGCAACUUACCAAGAGUGGUAAUUCGCAAGGCGAUUCUAAGCAGAGGGGAGGUUCGCAUAAGAGCGCCCCGAGCCUGCUUCUCCUUUUGCUACCAAUAAUUAUGUACUUAGUUCUGGUGCAUUAG